UCAUUGAUGUGUUUUGUAUGUAAUACUUGCGUGUUGUUUACGCGUGUAAUUUGGUUAACGUUUGUAAGCUGAGUAUGUCGAGGGACAUAGAUAAAAAGCCGAUAUUUAGAGAUCUAGCUGCAGAUGACCCAGAUCCCGAAACAACAGAAAUUGAAAGCCUUUGUAUGAAUUGUGGCGAAAAUGGCAUUACAAGGUUAUUGCUUACAAAAAUUCCAUUUUAUAAGGAUGUCGUGUUAAUGUCCUUUGAUUGUGAAAAGUGUGGAUUCCAGAACAAUGAAAUUCAGUCGGGUGGUAAAGUUGCAGAAACUGGUGUAAAAAUUGUGUUGAAAAUCAGUACUCAGAGAGAUUUAAAUCGGCAAGUUGUGAAGUCGGAUUAUACUUCGGUAGAAAUUCCGGAAGUCGAAUUUGAAAUUCCAGCUCAGUCACAGAAAGGAGAAAUAACAACUGUCGAAGGUAUAAUUGACAGAAGUAUAACUGGGUUAAAACGAGAUCAACCACAGAGGCGUGAAGAAAAUCCGGAAGCUGCAGAAAAAAUAGAGCAGUUCAUAUCAAAGUUGAAAGAUUUAAAGGAGAUGAAAAUGCCUUUUUCUAUGAUUUUUGUUGACAUAAGUGGGAAUAUGUUCAUAGAAAAUCCUAAUGCACCACACAGGGAUACUGGUGUCACCGUUACAUAUUUCGAUCGAACAAAAGAACAAGACCAUUCCUUGGGCAUCUAUGAGCAUACUGAGAUCGAAGAGAGUGGUGGUGAUGAACCAGGAAUUUUGAAACCUCUAAGAGAAGGAGAACACACUUUGGAGGAUCUGCAAGGAGAAGUUCUACAGUUUCCAACAAACUGUCCCGAUUGUAACUGUCCUUGCCAGACAAAUAUGAAGUUGACUAAAAUUCCUCAUUUUAAGGAGGUCAUCAUAAUGGCCACAAAUUGUGAAAGCUGUGGGCAUCGCACCAACGAAGUGAAAUCAGGAAGUGCUAUCGAACCGAAAGGUGUUCGUAUAGAAGUAACUAUUUCUUCACCGAAAGACCUCACUAGAGAUUUGCUAAAGUCAGAAACAUGUUCUUUAAUCUUGCCAGAGCUUGACGUUGAGGUGGGCCCGGCGGCAUUGGGAGGUCGCUUCACGACUGUGGAAGGGAUACUUGUCGCAAUGAAGGAGCAGCUGGCUGAACGCGGAGCGAUGUUCGGCGACAGUGUGACUCCUGAAACCUCAGAGAAGCUCUCUGCUUUUCUUGCCCGGCUCGACUGUGUGCUAAACUGCAAAGAAUCUGCUACUUUGGUUCUAGACGAUCCUGCUGGAAACAGUUAUAUUCAGAACCUAACAGAUGAUUGUGGCGAAGACCACGGGCUUAAAAUAACUUACUACGAAAGAUCAUUUGAGCAGAACGAAGAACUGGGACUGAAUGAUAUGAAAACAGAGAACUAUGAACAAGAUUGAAGAGUCAAAACGUUACAUUUUAUGUAAUAGGAAUUGUUUUUUAUGUAUUAGUUACU